AUGACUUCUGAAGACGUCGAAGGGCUCACGGAGCAAGUCACCAAAAUGACUAUCGUGGUACGGUUUUAACUUGAUCAAAAUAAAAAUAUAAAAACGUGGAACCGUCAUUUUUACUAUACUAGAUGACUAUGAGCAGCACAACGGUUUGACAAUUUAAUCUAAAAUUUUAGUUCCAGUUACAAAAAAACCUUCAGUUCUAGUCUAGGGAUUCUUUAAGGUCCAUGAAUUAAUUCUAAAGCGAAAUCCCUGAAAUUUCUUAAAAAAUGAACGCCUGAGAACUGACCGGACGGGUACAGGGGCCGAUGGGGUUACUCAAAAAUUGCGGUGAAAAAACGACUUCCGCUCUCUUAGAUUUUUCACCCUUUUCUUAUAACUUUUAAAGAAAGGAGAUUUUGAAUCGGUUCCUUUAAACACGCGUCCGACCUUAAAACGAUUUCCGCUUUCACUAAACUAAAUUUGCAAGCUUUGAUUCUAAAUUUGAACCGCAGCGCGAAUGCAACGCGUUUAUUCAUGCUUUUUUGCGAAUAAAGUAGAUUUUUUAUCAUUUUCCGAUAUAACAGUCUUCCAUAGGCUUUACGGGCCCUUUGAGCGUCCGUCACAGAUCAAAAGAUUUCCAUUAAUUUUUCCGAAACGGGUGGAAAUGGUUUCCGUUUUACUGCCUUUUUCCGUCCUUUCAUCGGCCUUUAUCCACCCUUUUUGGACCCUUUUGAGAAACACAAAGUUUUCCAAAUUGAGAAUAUCUUUACUAGUGACUGUGUGUGCACCAAAAUGUGCUACAGUAAUAAAAUCGGUAAUCAUUAACGGCUAUUUUAGCACCCUUUUUGCACCAUUUUCGGACCCUUUUUGGACCCAUUUUGGACCCAUUUCGCACCCGUUUUCCGCACUUCCGACUUGGGCAGUGUUCGAUAGAACUAAAGACAGGGGCCCUGGGUCGCGUCAGGACCCAACGGGCUUGCCCCGGGGCGACCCGACCCGAAAAGUUGUGGUAAAAAUGUUGAAAAAAAAUGGCUCUUCUGAAAAUGUGACCGCUUCUCGGGUCGGCCCGCCCGUCUCAUAAGCCCAAAUUCCAGGAGCCCGUGGAGAUCAGAAAAGCCCUCGUGCUCCGAACCGAAGACCAGUUCAUCUACCUCGUGAUCUUGCACGAUCCGCCCUACCGGAGCACGGUGGCCUUCCGGGAUCGGAUGCCGCCCUAUGAGCAGGACGUCCGAAGGGGCGACAUCCACGUCGUCCGGGUCCAGAGGGUUUCUCCGCCGCCUUUCGUCAAUUACGAAGUCCUCGAGUUCGUUUCCUUCGCGAUGAGGGUUCUUGCGAUCGGGAACCAUUUCGAGGUGGGUCUAGAGUUCAAAUUAUUCGUCAAAAUCGAAUUUUCAACCGGUUUUGUUUUAUAUUCGAAAGCUUGGUUCAAAAAUGUUUAUGUUAAAGACCAAUCGGGAAAAUUCCAAAAUCGCUGGUGGGGGGCCAAAUCAAAUGUGGGGGCUAUAUCUUAUUAUAGAAUCCAUUCUAAAAUCGCUCGUUCGGACGGGCCUGGGGGUUAUUUCCCACACACUAGUGGGGGCCAUUCUAGAAUAAUCGCGAUCAAUCUUUAAAAGUUUGGUUUAAAUAGAAGGUCAUUUUUAGCGUAAAGUCCACAAUUUUUCUAAAAAAAUUUGCUCAAAAAAAUCUUUGAUGGACUGGAAAUCGAAACCCCAUAGUCGCUAUCUGCGCAAACUUUUUUUUGUUUGAGAUAUGAUUUUUCAAAAUUUUUAUCCUUAACCAUGUGACGCCGUUUGGAAGGAAUAUGUCCGCGCCACCAGCCAUUGCACGGCAGCUAGGAGCGUGGUGCAGUGGCUAGCGUGUUAGCCUUCGAAAUGUACGACGAAGGUUCGAAUCUUUUCUUCGCCAUCGUUUUUGCCAUUAUUUUUUUUGACGGAUUAUGAUGAACAUAUCGAAAUUUCGUGAUUAAAACCGUUCCAAAACUGUAAAAAUUCGAAAAUUUUUUUAAAUUUUUCAAGGCUUAGAUUUUUGAGUUCAGAAGCUCAAAAGUACUCAGAAAAAGCCAAAAGUGCGCGUUUUAGGCCGAAAAUUGACUCCAAACCAAAAGUCAAUUUCAAUAAAAAAAUAAUUUUUUUCAGACCUUCGGGACCUACCGCAAUUCCGUCCUGACGACAUUACAAGGUAAAAAAAUCCUCUUCCUCAAAUUUUUUCGAGAAAUUUCCAGAAGGAAUCGUUCUCACUGACGACAGGAAUAUUUAUUCUCAUCAAGAAGUUGACGAAAAAAGACCAUUUUUCAUCGUCCGAUUUCAAGAAUUCACAAAUCGUCUAUCAGAUUAUCAAACCAAUUUCUAUGCUAUCGAGGUUGGAAAAUUGACCUUUUGGUGGGAAUUUUUAUUUUAGCUCACCCCGGAAAUCAUUCCCAAGCCUCCUACGCCGGUUGUUGAACUACAGGUUGAUUUUCUUGAAGUUUACAAAAAUUUAAAAUGAAAAUAAAGAGGAUGAUAGGACUGAAGAUGAGAGAUCAACAGGGACCUGAAGAGACGCCAGAGAAAACGAGAUUGUCUAACCGUCUGGCGUCUCUCCGAGCCGCCGUUGAUCUCUUCUUGUGCGUAAUUUUUUAGAAAUAAACAGACAAAAACAUUGACAAGGAGAGAUCAAUGGUCGCCUGAAGAGACGCCAGAGAAAACGAGAUUGUCUAACCGUCUGGCGUCUCUUCAGGUGUCCGUUGAUCUCUCCUUCUGCGUAUUUUUUUUUUUGAAAUGAACAAGACUUAAAAGAGGCGAGAUGAGAGAUCAACGACGGCCUGAAGAGACGCCAGAGAAAACGAGAUUGUCUAACCGUCUGGCGUCUCUUCAGGUGUCCGUUGAUCUCUUUUUCUGCGUAUUUUUUUUGAAAUGAACAAGACUUAAAAGAGGCGAGGCGAGAGAACAACGGUGUCCUGAAGAGACGCCAGAGAAAACGAGAGUUUCUAACCGUCUGGCGUCUCUUCAGGGGGCCGUUGAUCUCUCCUUCUGCGUAUUAUUUUAAGAAUAAACAAACAAAAACAAAGGUGAGAGAUCAACGGUGCCCUGAAGAGACGCCAGAGAAAAAGAGAAACUUGAACUCUCUGUUGUCUCUCAGAAACUCUUUAUCUAUCGCUUCCUGGUCACAAAAAAAGCCUACGCGAGAGAUCAAUGACGGCCUGAAGAGACGCCAGGAAAAAUAAAAUCUCUAUUCGUCUGGCGUCUCUUCAGUCCGUCGUUGAUCUCUCUUUUUAAUUUUUAUAUGCUCUUUUGACUGUCUGGGCAUUUAUGGGCAUUCUGGAAAGAAUUUAGAAAAUUUGAUAAUUAUCCAUGAAGCGCAGAAACCGCUAGAACUUUAAAAAUUGCAACUAAUUGACUGAAAAAAAUUAUCUGAGCAUUCUGCAAAAUAUUGAGAAAAAUCGAAAAAUUAUCCAUGGAGCGCAGAAACUGCCAGAACUUUCAAAAUCGAAAAGGCUCUAAAAAAAAAGGCUCUAAAUUUUCCAGAAACAACUCGCGUUAGUCACACAAGUCGAUCAGGACAACGCAAGGGCGUUCGUCGUCACUUUGAGCCGCGGGGAAAAAACCGAGUCCUCGUCGCCCUGCUCAACUUUUUGCCGGCUUUCUAUUUUCAAAUCAGACACGGCCAGAUCAUCUGGAUAAAUAGCGAGAAAGAGUCUGGGAGAAUCGUGAAAAUCGACAGAACCUUCGCCUCGUUGGACUACGAAUGUGGAACCUAUAAGGUCAGUUUUUCUUUUGAAAGCUUACAAAGGGGGGUCAUUUUACUUUGCGGUUGGGAAUUGCCUGAAAUUUGGUCAGAAUACUUCUUCAUGUACCAGAGGAAGACCCUGAAAGUCCUAACCUGUAAAACUUCCUAGUUUUCGAGAAAUAAGGGGUUAAAGCCCCAAAAUAGCCUAAUUUUAGGGAUUUUGAGGCGUCUUUUCUCGAAAACGAGGAAGUUUUGCGGGUUGAGACUUUCAAAAUGUUCUUCGGGUAGAUCAAGGAGUGUCCUGGCCAAUUCUCAGGGACCGCAAAGUAAAAUGACCUCCCUUGUUAGAACUCAAUUUGCAUGGCACAAAAAGCAUCAUUAAAAGCUGAAAAAAAAUAUUGAUAUGGUUUGAAAUUCAAAAAGUGGCCACUUAAGAGGUUUUCCUGAGCUUCUACUGCAAGCUUUGAUAUUAAUUACCGUUUUAGGAAGCCUAAUUUCAUCCAAAAAUCAUUCAAAAUACAAAAUUAAGUUUUAUAGCGUCUCAAAUUAGAAAAGUGGUUUUUUUCCUGCAAGAUUACGUGUAGUUAACUUCCGGUAAAUGCUCAAAAAGCACUGAAAAUAUUUUGAAAAGCCUUUAAGGGUCUUGAAUUACGAAAUGGUUCCUAAAGAAGUCUUCAAAAACCCUUUGAAAUCCUAAAAAUACCUUUUCAAACUUUCCUAGAAGUACUUUACUCUCUGCGUCAUAAUUAUUAACACAACCUUUAUUUUUUGAAAUAUUUUUUAAAAGCUUCAUUCGCAAAGAAGACGGCUUGGGGCUUCUAAAAAAGUGCGCCCGACCUCAAAGCGACUUGCGCUUCUGGUCUCUAUCUUGUAACCGCUGCGCGAUCGUCGUGCUCUGAGCCAUUCCAAAUGCGACCAGAGAGUUUGAAAUCGUCGAAAAUUGAUCGAUUUCUUUUUUACAAACAAGUUUCUGGCUAGAAAAACCGUUGCGACGCGUUUUCUGUGAUGAAUGAGAAGCAUAAAAUUUGAAAAUUCAUAGACAAAGUCGGAAAAAGGCUUCUUUUUUACUACCUUUUUCCGCCCUUUCAUCGGCCUUUUCCCACCCUUUUUGUACCUUUUUUUCACCUUUUUUGGACCCUUUUUGAAUCCUUCUUGGACCCUUUUUGGACCCUUUUUGAAUCCUUUUUGGACCCUUUUUGAACCCUUUUUGGACCCUUUUUGGACCCUUUUUGAACCCUUUUUGGACCCUUUUCGGACCCUUUUUGCACCCUUUUUGCACCCUUUUAAAGGCUUUUUUUAGUCCACCAAGAAAGGCUCAAUAAAGGCCCCAAAACGAAACCCUUUCAGCGGCCAUUUCGCACCCCUUUUCCGCAUUUCCGACUUUGGCAGUGUUACUUCAAAAAAAAAAAUUGUUCCAGAUUGGGGCAACGAUGACUCCGGAUGGCUUGCGUGCCGUUGAUUGUGAGUUUCUGAUCCAAAAUCUCUUCAAAGAAAUUUCUAGUCGGUUUCCCUAUCGAAUAUUCGCGGAACUUGGAAACAAACCAGAGCUUUUAUGCCCAUUUUAACGUGAUCCGGUACGAGGAAUCGGGCAACCAGGCCGUUUUCUGGGCCUCUUUUUGUGAGUUUUUUUGAAUUUAAUAGAAAAUUUAAAUUCAAAAAUGUUCAGGAAACAUAAAUUCAGAAAAAACGACGCCAAAAUUCAAAAAAAAAAAGUCGGCUGAAAAUUUUCGGAUUUUGCGCUUCACCGCUAAUUUCAGUGAUACUUCAAUUUCCAGCUGAUCUUUCCAUUGAAAAAAAUUGAGCAACUUAUGAAAAAAAUUGCGGAAAAAAAUGAAAAUUGGAAAAAAAUUAGCCGUGGAGCGCGGAAUCAGGGGAAAAAAAUCGGCCGCUCGUCAUAAUUUUUCUUCUAUUUUUUUAAAAACUAUUUUUUUCAGCGGUUUUUUUCGUCAUUGAAAUCGAAUUUUUUUAACCUGAAAAAAACUGAAAAAAAUCUAGUAAACAAAAAAAUCCAGAAGAGAGGUUGAAAAAAAGCGCCGAAAUUCAAAAAAAGGCGGCUUAAAAAAAUUUCGGAUUUUGCGCUCCACUGCUAAUUUAAGUGAAACUGAACUUGGCAAGCACGAAAAGUUAAGCAAAAAAACAGAAAAAAAUAACGAAAAAAAUUGAAAAAUUGAAAAAAAAUAGCCGUGGAGCGCACAAUCAUGCGAAAAAAAUCGGCUUCUCAUCAUAGUUUUUUCUUGCAUUUUUUUGGAAAUCAAGACUUUUUUUAGCGGUUUUUUUCGUCAUUCAAAUCAACUUUUUAAACUAAAAAAAUUUGAAAAAAAUUGAAUUUUUUUCUAUAUUUUUGAUCCAAAUUUAAUCUACAAGGCUUCAUGCUGCGGAAAAAAAUUAUUUUUUGAAAAAAAUGGAUAUAAAAACUUCCAAUUUAUAAACCAACAUAAUUUACAGGUUGAAAACAACCCUGAACUCCGGGAAAACGAUCCGCAAAUGCCGUGGAACCAGUGGACUUGUUUAAACUAAAAAAAACAUUUUUUGUACAUUUUGAGACCCCUUUUCCAGAGAUUCUCCGCAGCACUGGUUUUGUUGGCUUUAAUGCAUUGAAAUAAAGAUUUUGGCGCCUGAAGAAAUGCAAGAAACGACUCAAAAAAUCGUACUUUUCAUGAAUUUUCUUGACACUUCCCUACAAGGAGACAUUCUGCUUCAGAAUUUCCUGAAAAUCGGCCGAAAUUUUUUUCAAUGUAUCCGGUGACGAUCCUGGAACUCAAAGUGCCCAAUUUUCGAGAAAAGUUGAAAAAAAAAACAACAAAAAUUGGUAAAAUAGUCAGUUUUGACGCUUUUCAUGAAAGCUGGUCCCUACAGGGUUCAGGAAAAACGGUUCCUACAAGGGAAAAAAAAAUCUCGGUACUGGUCCCUAUAGGGUCUGACUUCUAAGCCCCUAAAGCUCAAGUGGUCCCUAUAGUGGUCCUUAAUUUUAUUCUUAUCAAUUUAUUGAGUUUUUCGCAUGAGUUAAUGACAAUAAACGACUAGUAUGUCCCCUUAAGAGGUCACUUUUUCAAGCUUUAAUGGGGGAAGGUAAAGAGGUCCCUAGAGGGGCCCUUUCAAAAGCUUAUAAUGUAGCCCUAUAGGGACCACUCUGUAGUUCCAAAGUGAGUAAAAAGCUGUACUGGGAAAACUUUAAGUGGCCACUUAAGGAGUUAAAAAUUAGUGGCCAGUAUAGAGGUCUAAGUGCGACUACUAGACCACUUAGUGGCCACUUUAGGGGUCAAGAUAACUGGUCCAAUCUGUUUGUUUUAAGAUUAUCAGAGUUACUGGAAGGAAUACUGGAUGAAAAACUACUAUAGUGGCCACUUGAUAGAGAACCUCUAUAGUGGCCUCUUAAACGGAAAAUAGUGGCCACUUUAGAGGUAGGUUUAGUGGCCACUUUAGUGCCCUCUCCAAGUAGUCCUUGGCGAGCCUCUAUAGUGGCCACUAAACAUUUUCUUAGUACGGGUCCAAACUUUAGGAUGCAACUACAUCAAAGAGGGAUUUCUUAAAUUUCAAGUUAGAAAGUUUGAAAGUUUUAUUCAGUCUUCAGAGAAGGUACUCUGCUGAAUCAUGGAAUAAUUGAAGAGUUGUUUGUCGGUUCGCGAUAAUGUCGUUGAUCAAGCGUAGACGGCGCGUAGAGCAUCUCGUCUUUCUUGUGAUAGUAGUAGACGAUUUUCGAGCGUUUCCGACGAUCACUGCUUCUCCAUGUAGGAACAGUACGGCGCCCAGCUUGUCCAGGGCUGACGGGCGUCGGAUUGAAUCUCGGACGAGAAAUGAAGACCGACCACUCGGGUGGUAG